AUUGCAGAGAGCACUGAGUGGUAUUUGGCUGUCGCGGGUGCAGCGGGAAGAGUAAGAAGACGGGGGAUUUGGUUCAGCAGUAAAGCAUCUGCCUGGCACAUGCUUGAGAUUCUUGUUAAAUCCCCAGCAUUUCAGAAAAGUGGAGGGGGUGAUGGAGCGAAAGGAGAGUACUUACUCCAGGAUCCCUUUGAGCCUUCAUGUUCUGAGAUGACGGUCACUUGGAACCAUGGAUCCUGCAGUGUUAGUGGAUGCCAUUGUGGAAGAAGUGAACUGUCCUAUCUGUAUGACCCUCCUCAGGGAGCCUGUGAGCAUCACCUGUGGCCACACUUUCUGCCACAGCUGUCUCUCUGGACUCUGGAGGCUCCCAGGAGACUCCCAGAACUUGAGCUACACUUGUCCCCUUUGUCGAGCUCCCGUGCAGCCAAGGAAACUCCGUCCCAAUUGGCAGCUGGCCAGUGUUGUAGAUAAGGUCCGACUGCUAGGCUUCUGUAUGGAAAUGGGACUAAAGACUGAUAUGUGUGAUCUCCACAAGGAACAGCUCACAAUGUUCUGCAAAGAGGAUGAUGUGGUAACCUGCAAGGCCUGUAACAAGUCCCCAGAGCAUGGAGCCCACAGUGUUGUCCCCAUAAAGGAUGUUGCCUGGGAGUAUAAGUGGAAACUCCAGCAAGCUCUGGAACAUCUGAGGAAAGAACAGGAGAAAGUCUGGAAACUGGAAGUCAGUGAGAAGGAGCAAGCUGCCAUCUGGAAGACACAGAUGGAAACACGAAAGCAGAGCAUCCUAUGGGAGUUUGAAAAAUAUCAGCAGUUGUUAAAGGAAAAGGAGCUGCCAUGUCAGCAGGCAGAAGAAGAGGCAGCCGCCGUUCAGGCUGGCCUGGAGCAGGAGAAGGGAGAGAUGGGAAACAAACUGAGGUUGAGGCACGAGAAGAUGAUCCAGCAGAGCCAGGUCCUGUGGCAGAUGAUUGUGGAGCUGGAAGAGAGGUCCCAGAGACCUGUGCGCUGGAUGAUGCAGGGUAUUCAGGAAGCCUUAAACAGCUUGAAGCCAGCUGUCCCACCUCUGCUUUGCUGGACAGGGGAAUCUAAGUUACUGGCUCUGGCCAAGCCCCUCUUCACCAGACUGAAGGAAGGAGGCUCCCGGGAGCAGAGCUAAGACUCCUGGAUCCAAAACACACUCUGUUCUACAGGAGCAAGUCUUGGAGCCUGCAGCAGCUAGAACCAAUCUCCUUGGAGCUGAAGACAGAUUGCCGUGUGCUAGGACUAAGAGAGAUUCUGAAGACAUUUGCAGGUAGUAGAUACUUGGGGGCUCUGAUGGGCAGUGGGAGGAACUCCACCCACAGAGAUAAAAGGGCUCAGUGCAGUCUGGAUGCUUCAUCUAGCCCCACCCCACCCAUUGCCAAGAACUGUAUCUUCAUCAGAGACUUCCUGCACUCCCCCUUGCGUGGCAUCAAUGUUAUUACCACUAAGAUCUUUUUCCCUAGUGGAUGUGCGCCUAGAUCCAGACACAGCUUACUCCCGCCUUGUCAUUUCCAAGGACAGGAAAAGUGUGCACUAUGGAGUCACCCAGCAGAACCUGCCUGACAAUCCUGAGAGAUUUUACCGCUACAACAUUGUCUUGGGCAGCCAGUGCAUCUCCUCCGGCCGGCACUACUGGGAAGUGGAGGUUGGAGACAGAUCUGAGUGGGGCCUGGGAGUGUGUGUAGAAAGUGUAGACCGGAAAGAGGUGGUCUACUUAUCCCCUCGCUAUGGCUUCUGGGUGAUAAGGCUGAGGAAAGGAACAGAGUACCGAGCAGGCACAGAUGAAUAUCCACUCCUGCCCUUGUCAGUUCCUCCGCACCGGGUAGGAAUCUUCCUAGACUAUGAGGCCCAUGACAUCUCCUUCUACAAUGUGACUGAUGCUGGCUCUCAUAUUUUCACUUUUCCUCGCUAUCCCUUCCCGGGCCGUCUCCUGCCCUAUUUCAGUCCUUGUUACAGCAUUGGCACUAACAACACCACUCCAAUCACCAUUUGUACCCUGGAUGGGGAAGGCUAGGAGAGCCAUCCUAACCUAAUGUUGGAAUUUGGCAGGGGAUGACUGUUCAAGGAUGCUUCCAAUGAUAAACAUAUUCCUGAACCCACCUUAAAGCCCAAGGGCUCCUCUAGAUCUGACCUUACGGUAUCACUAUUAGAACAAACUGCCAGUGCCCCUCAGAGCAAAAUCGUCCCAGUCAGAUAAGCACUGUGAUCCAUGAUGCAAACAUGACAGGGAUGAUGGACUUUGUCCAUUCCGGAGAUCCUGGCUUCAUAAUUAAGUGGGUACCGGUGAUUAAAUAAAUGCAGACACCAGGAAAGCUUUUACAUAACGUUUUCCAGGAGACUAAGUAAUAAGGUACAUGCCCAGAGCUGAUAGUCAUGGUGAAACCAGGUAGAGGUCCUUCACAUGAGACUUGCUGCUACCAAACCAACCCUAACCUCCAUUCUAGAGAAACGCAGUCUGUGCUUCUCCAGCACAAGAGUCAGAGCUCAUCCAGGAUGCUCUCCGUAUCUCCUUCCUGAGCAUGAGGAUGGGUCUACGUCCUGGGCCUGUCUUUUCUCUAAGGGACAGGACCAGAAACCUUAGGGGCCUUGGUUUUUAUUUUUACUGCAUGUAUAAAGAAAUUGAAACAGCCUUCUUUCCUACAGAGCUUUGAAAGAUGAGAUUGUAAAGCUUGUAAAAUGAUUUUCACAUUAAAAUGAAACAAAGCUGACAAACUCAA